AAUUUGGACGAGAAACCGUUUUUUUCGUUCUCCUCGGGAAAAAUGUACCUUCGAAUUGCCCGAACGACGCGACCAGUGAUUUUUUUUCAACGUGCUCAAAACCCCCUUUGCUCGCCGAAUUUUUUCACCGAGUCUUGAGAGUGCGCCGAACGAAAUUCUACUUAAAAACGAACACAAAUUAAUCGUUAUUUCAAUAAAUCUCCCGAAUUUUUGAAGGAUCGAAAAAAACUAUUUUCAUCGACGUUUCGCCGCGAGCUUGCCAAAAAUAUUCUUCAACAAAUUCGGGACCCUUCAAAUGUCACGUGGGACUGACAGGAAGCAGCGAAUAAUUCUCCACGCAUUUUUAAUCCUUUUUUCCCCACUUUUCUCCGCAGACUCCGACGAGAACUCGGAUGGAAUGAAAAAAUUGUGAAAAAUCAUCGAAAAAUCUCGGCGGGAUCGGCGGCAGAGCGGACGGCGGAGGGAGCGACGGAGAAAUACUGGUGCCGCAUAAAUUAACGGGUUUCUUGACGGAGCCGGAAAAAAUUCGGGGUGUAGUAUGUGACAGGAGGACCGUUAUCCAAACGGACGGUCGUUCAACCUCGCGCCACAAUCGACUCGAUCUCAGAGGCCGUGAGCAUUUGCCAGGGCCGAGGAAAGGAGGAGCGAUGCGGAAUCGUCGUCCAAGGUCAUCGCGGAACGCAUUGGAACUAGCUGCGCGUAGAGCUCCGACGAAGAAUCCGAGAAUUGUUGGGCAACGAGGAGAAUAUUAAUAGCCGAUAAACGGGCGCUCGAGUGCACUUGUCGGAUGAAAAUACGAGGACAUUUUGAAAUAAAUCGAGCGUCGAAUUUCAGGGACAGCCUGGAAAAAAAGGAUGCAAAAAAGCGGACCAAAGCGAAGGGGACUUGAGCAGAGAUUGGAAUCGAACGCAGCGAUUGCACCGAGCGUACGAGCUUGAUUGAACGCCGGAUAAACCGGGGCGAUAAGAACGGGCGGAGAGUCGUCGAGCUAACGCCAGGGAUCGAGCACGCAAUGACGGAACCCAAGGGGAGCCUUUUUCUCAUCGCUUUCGUCCUGCUCCUCGGUGAUUCUUCGAGCACCCUUCCCCUCGGCAUAUUGAAAGAGAUCCACGAUUAUUACACCGGGUUUCCGCCACCGCCGAAGGGUCUCCUCGGGGACGCCGAUCCCUUGAGAAACGAGUACGACUUCGUGAUCGUAGGCGCCGGUUCCGGCGGCUCUGUUCUCGCUAACCGUUUGACAGAAAUUCAUCAGUGGAACGUGCUCCUCCUCGAGGCCGGGAAGGACGAGAUUUUCCUCACGGACAUUCCCCUUUUCGCGCCCUUGAUGCAGAUCACCGCUUACAACUGGGGCUACAAAACUGAACCGAGCGGGAACGGGAGCUCGGGCUACUGCCUCGCCAUGAUCGAGGGCCGCUGCAACUGGCCACGCGGCAAAGCCGUCGGCGGCACCUCCGUCAUCAAUUACAUGAUUCAUUCCCGCGGCUCCCAGGCCGAUUACGACGCCUGGUCGGCCCUCGGGAACCCCGGCUGGUCCUACGAGCAAGUUCUCCCUUAUUUCGAGCGCUCCGAGAACGUCAAGUUCGACGACAACACUCCUGGAAUUAGAACGAAGGGGAAACGGGGCAAAAACGGCUACCUCGACGUAACCACGGUCCCCUACGUCUCACCCUUGAGGGACUCGUUCCUUCGAGCUGGCGAAGAAAUCGGCUACUCCCUCAAGGACUACAACGACCGAGACCCCCUCGGCUUCGGCCCUGCUCAGGUCAACCUUCGCAACGGACGACGCGUCAGCGCCAGCAAAGCUUUCCUCAGACCCAUCCGAUAUCGGGCCAACUUACAUCUCUCCAAACACUCAAAAGUCACGAAAAUCAUCAUCGACCCCAAAAGCAAAACUGCCGUUGGCGUUGAGUUCAUUAAAAACAGACAAAGGUAUUUCGUAAAAGCGAAGAAAGAAGUGCUCCUGAGCGCAGGGACCCUGAACUCCCCCCAGCUGCUGAUGCUCUCGGGUGUUGGACCGAGAAAACAUCUCGAGGAUUUGGGCAUCGGCGUCAUCGAGGACUUGCCGGUCGGCUACAAUCUUCAGGAUCAUACGAGCAUGGGCGCCUUGACCUUUCUCGUCAAUGAGACCAUCACCAUCGUCGAAUCUCGAGUCUUCUCUGAUCCAGCCAACACCCUCAAGUACUUGACCAAAGGAAAAGGCCCGCUCACGCUCCCCGGAGGCGCUGAAGCCAUCGCCUUCGUCAAUACCAAACGAAAACCUCCCCUUAAGCCCGGAUCGCCGAAGAAGAAAUCGUUACCAGCUUCCGACAACUCGUUCAACAGUCUCGAAAGCCCCCUCGCGACGGAGAGCAAGGCGAAGAACUCGAGCUUUUCGAAUGGACAAAAGACGAGCGAAGGGAUAAUAGAGAAGGCUCCGGAGAUACCGGACAUCGAGCUCGUGCUCGGCUCGGGAUCAUUGACCGGCGAUGCUUCCGGCAGCUUGAGAAGCAUCUACGGCAUUUCGGAGGAAUGGUACGAGAGGGUGUUCCACGAAUACAAGGGCCUCGAUGCUUUUAGCAUCGUUCCGGUGCUCCUCCAUCCGAAAAGUCGUGGCCGAGUCAAACUGAGAAGUGCCAAUCCGUUCUAUUGGCCGGUCCUCGAAGCCAAUUAUUUCGAUGACCAGGAUGACCUUGACACGAUGGUCAGAGGCAUAAAGAAGGCAAUCGAAGUUGCGUCCACGCGUGCAUUCGAGCGUUUCAACACGAGUCUCCUACCCGUGACUUUUCCCGGUUGCAAUCACCUGGAGUUCAACACCGACGAGUACUGGUCGUGCGCAGCUCGUCAAGUCUCAACGACCUUGGGCCACUUCGUCGGCACGUGCAAAAUGAGCCCCCGCGAAAACGAAGGCGUCGUUGAUGCUCGGCUCAGGGUCCACGGUAUUAAGGGCCUCAGGGUCGUCGACGCGAGCAUCAUGCCGUUGCUCGUAUCCGGACAUACGAAUGCGCCGACUUACAUGAUCGGUGAGAAAGCCAGCGAUAUGAUCAAACAGGAUUGGCUCACGUAUGAUAAAUCAUUCAAAUGAUGCUGUACUUCGUUCACUUCAAUAUUUUUCACUAUUUUUCGACGCGUUAAUCAUACGGCGAAGAGAAUGUGACACAGAUUUUCUGGAGUUGAGAGACCAGUGACUUGACCUAAAUCGUUGAAGCAGGUUCAGUCGUUUUUUCUAAUUAGUCCUCACUAAUCAAUUCAUUUAUCGAUAGGUCUACAAAAGUAUUAUAUCAUCAUUUUUAAUUUAUUUCAUUUUGUCACUCUCCAUUUAAGAAUAUGGAUCAGUUGACUAAGCUCACUUGGAAUUUUCAAAAUCGAAAUUCUUUGACACAGUUUGACCGAUUAAAAGCGCAGGACGAUGGCAAAAGUCGACUGACAGAGCCUUUUUUAAUCUAUCAGACUGUGUCAAAUAAAGAAUUUCGAUUUCGAAAUUUGGAGCUACCUCUCUCGCGCUCGCGGUGACCCUGAAGUUUGCAACGUUGGAGUCCAACGAAAUGAUGUGAAAAAAAGCCCCCAAUAAUUCCAGUAAUUCUCCAAUUUCGUUCCCUGACGAAUUUGCAAUUCGUAGUUUUUCAAGCUGCACCGAUACUUCGUGAAAUAAAAAAUUGGUGAAUAACAAAUGUUUUUAUCGUUCAUUUCGUUGGACUCCAACGUUGCAAGCUUCAGCGCAGUUAAGAAUUAACAUAUCAAAAAAUGUGCGUUUUUAUAGCACAUUUUGAUUUUUUUCAAAUAUUUUUACCAGGUUUCCAAUGGAAAAUAUUUCGCAGAAUAUUUUUUGAAUAUUCAAUCCUAGUUAACACGGUUUCACGUAACAUCACUUGAGAAAUUGACUUUCAAAAAAGAAUCUUAUUUUUCAAUCAUUCAAUACCUUAUUGUGGCCAAAAUGAUUGUUGAAGAUGCUCGAUCAUUGAAUAAUACAAAUUUAGCUGAAUUUAAUUUAUUCGCUGUGAAACUAGAAAGUUUCUUUUGGGUACACCCAUCAGCUUUUUGAUACUUUUAUGGCAUCCCGUGUCUGUAAGGUGAUGCCUCGUCAAUGUGGGAUCAAAGUAGGUCGUAAGAGGUACUUGCGGGUUGAACUACCAUAUAACGAGUCAGUCAAGCUCGGACCGAGGUCGUAUCGAGUACUCAUCAAUUAACUGAAUGAUAAAGGAUAUGCACCUAUACGUAUACCCGUGUGUUCGUCUUAUUACGGCUCCUUGUCCCAAGUCACCACAACUUUUAUAAAUCUUUUCAUGAGAAAUAUGAAUCAAAUGAAUUCUAUAAAAUGUUCAUAAGUCGUAGUACGUUAUAGUAAUUAUGCAACGAAGAGAGAACUAAUGUAAGCAGUUUGACGUUUGUCUCAUAAAUUCAUGAGCUACUCUGUUGCAUGUUUUCUGUGGCAAGUUGUGUCAGUUGAGAGACUCCAGGGAUUGAGAUGUGCGGAUGGUUUUCGAUAGUUGAUUGAUCAAAGUUUCGAUUAUUCAAUAAAAAAAAAGGAUUUAAAACGAUCCGGGGAUUUAUUACCGAAAGAGUGGCUCCCGUUUAUUUGCUGAAAAUCACUGGAGUAUUCUCAAUUUAAAUUUAAAUUCAUAGUCUAAUUCACAGCUAAACUAAUUGAAGCCUGAAAAAUUUCGGAAUCUGGCGUUCGAGAUGUGAUUUAGUGUUGCUGUGCCGACGCUGAUGCACGGUCAUAGGUUGGCCAAGCAGAAGGACACAAUUCCUGGGACCAGGAUACGAAAGAAGAUUUGACAAAAGCUCAUCGUCCUGUGCUUCCAUUAAAGCUCGUAACGAAGUGCAUGAAAUAAAAUUGAACGUAGAAUGGCAACGCAAGUCUCCGGUGCCGUUGAUUCGAGGGCCACGAGACUCGACAACGGCUCAAUGGAGCAAACAGGUCCAAAAAUAAGCGAAUUUCUAUUUUCUACAAUUCGCCUUCCAAACGUAUUUACGUGGCUCUUUUCGUUUUUAUUUGAUAAGCAAAGAAAAAGCGUUUCUUCAUCUCAAUUAUUGAGAAACAAAAGUGUGUGUGUGUGUGUGUGUGUGUUUAACGCGAAGACGAGUCAAAAUCGUUUGUCAAAACGUAUGUUUAUGGACUGUAAUACUUUGUACUUAUUUUUUGAUAAAAAUCAUAAUUAACAAUAUAAUGACUCCUCGCAGCGAUCAUUAUGAUCUUUGGUAGUAUUUAUUUUGUAUACAAUGUGUGAACGACUCGCUGUGUAUUUUUUAAGAGCUAUUUUAAGCGUGCUAUGCAGGUAAUUUAUUGCUGCUACAAUCUCUGCGACGGUAAAGGCUCGACUGUAGUCAAGAAUGCAAAAUAAAUUAGAAUGUCUCUCAUUGUA